AUGUCUAUUUCUCCAUUUAAAUGGCCGCUGUGGUGGCGUGUCUCGGUGUUGAUUAACGUCAGUGUAUACAAUCUUCUUGGAAACGCAUGGUGCUCUGGCCUCUCUCCAAUCUUUGGGUUGAUCAUUCAAGACUUGCACUGCUCCCAAUCUCAGGCUUCAGCUCUGGUUACAUACGCUUUGUUAUCUCUUGGUCUUUCUAAUCUCUUUGCCCUCCCCAUGACAUCACUUAUUGGGAAGAGAUUCACCGUCCUUGGGUCGCUCGUCCUGUUUAUCGCUUGCAACAUCUGGUCCGCUGAAGCCGCCAGUUACGAUUCCUUGCGCAAUUCACGCAUUCUCGGUGGCCUAGCUGGUGGCCUGGUCGAGGCCCUCGGUCCCAUAAUCGUCGCAGAGACAUUCCCCACCCAUCAGCUUGCCAGAGCCAUGGUUGUAUACGUGGGUUUUCUUGCAGCGGGCUCUGCAAUCGGACCCCUUGUUGCGGGGGCAGUGGGAGUCGGCUUGGGAAGUUGGAGGUGGUACCUCAGGAUACUUUCUAUUCUGACAGGCGCAAACCUCAUUGCGUCUAUUCUGAUGUUGCCCGAGACGACUCACGAUUUAGGUGAACUCAAUGUGUCUGCAAAUACUGUCUCGGAUGACGAUAAUACGGGACAAAAGCCAAGCGCCACAUCGAUCGAGGAUAUUCGAACUCCUUCACUUGCCGAGACUACAACCGAGACGACCCCCUCCAUCAACCAUGGGAAGGAGUGGAUGUCAAGAUCUUUCAGCGCUGACUAUAUUCCAUUACGUUGGAAAGAAAUGCCGCUUCGUCUCGUUCAGCCCCUCCAGCUGUUAUCUGCACCACAAGUCCUGGUUACAGUCUAUGUUUUUGGCCUGACCAUUGGCUGGACAGUCAUCAUUUCUAUAAUCAUUUCCUUUGUCUAUGCAUCUCCUCCAUUGUUGUGGAAUUCGCGUUCGAUCGGCCUGAUCAACGUCUCAGCUCUUAUUGGUCUCCUUGUUGGUCUUCCCGUUGGUGGCUACUUUGCCGAUCUCUUGUUUAUUCGAUCCACACGUGGAGGCACCAGAGAGCCGGAUCCAAGAAGCAGAUUACCUGUAAUGGCUCUAGGUGCACUUGCCAGUCCCUCUGGGUGCUUGAUCCUUGGAUACGGACUGAGACAUCCCGAUUCUUGGGUUAUGGUCUGCGUUGGAUGGGGUCUUCUUGCCUUUGGGCUGACCGGUUCAGCUAACGUUCUCCUUACGUAUUCUGCCAACAGCAUGCCAUCACGGACUGGAGACAUUGGAGUAUUGGUAAAUGUCAUGAAGAAUUGCUUGGCUUUUAGUGUUUCGUACGCUUCGCUUCCUUGGAUGCAGGCAAUGGGCCCGGUAAAGCAGUUUGCCAUUAUGGCUGCUCUUCUUUGGUUUGGGUAUUUUUUGGCUAUUCCCGUUUGGCUCUGGAGUAAAUUCCUCAUUCGCAGAAGUGCUAGAUACGCCCAAAAAGUAUAA